AUGGAGGAAGCGCUUGGGUCUCUGGGGGCGGAGGUCCCGGCGCCCGGGGUCGCCGUGGCUACCGCGCCGGUGGCCGUGGAGUCCGCGGUGCCGUCUCUUGUGGAUCGUUACUUCACUCGCUGGUACAAAGCGGAUGUCAAAGGAAAACCCUGUGAGGACCACUGUAUAUUACAGCACUCUAACCGAAUAUGUGUCAUCACAUUGGCAGAAUCUCAUCCAGUUCUUCAAAGUGGAAAAACAAUUAAAAGCAUUUCCUAUCAAAUCAGUAACAACUGUAGCAGACUUCAGAACAAGGUCUCUGGGAAAUUUAAACGGGGGGCACAGUUUCUAACAGAACUUGCACCUCUGUGCAAGAUUUACUGCUCAGAUGGGGAAGAAUAUACCAUAUCUAGCUGUGUCAGAGGACGGUUGAUGGAAGUGAAUGAAAAUAUUCUCCAUGAGCCUUCUAUUCUUCAAGAGAAGCCAUCCACUGAAGGUUACAUUGCAGUUGUGUUGCCCAAAUUUGAAGAAAGUAAAAGCAUAACGGAAGGGUUACUGACACAAAAGCAGUAUGAAGAAGUGGUGGUACAGCGCGUUAGCGCCACGGCAGCCACAUCGUGAGGAUGGAGACGUAUGAAACGCAGCGGGGUUCGCUCAUGCUGAGUCCCCGCGUGUGGCAGGCAGCAUACUCCCGCCAGCCGUCUUUCUCUUGCAUAAGGAGCCUUGUUCCCAUUUUGUCUUUAGCCUCCCAGGUCUGCCCUGCCCUGGACUCACUCUGCUCUUCUUUUCUCUCUUUCUAAAAACUGACAGGCAAGGGGCGUUUUCUGAUUAAAAACAAAUAAGCAGAGCACUUUGAGGAAAAUUUGGGAAAGACAAAAGUUAUAAGUAGCAAGUAAAAAUAAUUUGCCCAUUAUCCUGUAAUUCAUACUUCUGUUUGAAUGUUACGGCCUGGCUAAUUGUUUUUGCUCAAACUCCCAUCAGUUUGAAGGUAAAAGAAACAGUAGCUGGCCUUUCUUACCCAGUCUGCUUCAGGCUCGUCCCAGCCCUGUGCCCCAGCUUCUCUCCAGGCUGUAGGAGAGAGGCAGCGUGCAGAGUGUGCCUUGCCCAGGCCUUAUGUCGCUGGAUGGCCUUCCUCUCCGAAACCAAGUAGAACCAACUGUGGCUUCGUAUAUGAGGGGCAACAUGAAAAAGCUUUGAAAAACACAAAGGGCUUUCCUAACUAUGGGAGUGUUACAACGUAGUACAUAACAUUACAGUCACUCCGUCUCAUGCUAGUUACAGGUAAGGAGCAAAGGAGAAGUUACUGUAAUUCAAAGACAUAGAGGCCUUUGAAUAGGGCAAAAGCUUUCACAUCAUUUGAACUAAAAAAAACAACUGAUUUAUGGUUUAAAAUUAUAUACUUCUUUACACUGAAUUUUAAAUGACUUUUAAAAUUGUUAUUUUCUUAAGGGCU